CAGUCAUCGGUGUUGACGCGCAAACCAGGAACUCGGAUUGAAAGAGGUGGUGUGUUGGCAUUCUGCAGGAAUUUGGCUCAAAGUGCGAUAAAACUGCCACUUCUGUCGUCUUCAUAGAUCAGCCAGGCAGAUUGUAAAUGCAGAAACAGCUCUACUAGGCGACAUAUUCUCUCGAUAAACAAGAACAACUCAGGAAGGAGAAUGGGAAAGAAGGAUGCCAGUGCAACCAGAUUACCAGUUGAUCAGUACCGAAAACAGAUUGAAGAGGAGAACCUCUGCUCCCCAAGUGACAUGAUACUCAGUGGUAAGCAGGACUACAAAAAGACAAAGUCGGUCUUAAAAGCAACGCGGCUGAAAGCUGAAGCGAAGAAGACUUCCUCUGGAUUCAGGGAUGGGUUCCUGGUCAUUGUGGCGAUCCUGUUCUUUGUCCUCUGUGUCUACGCCUUCUUCUACCUCAAUCUGAGUACAGAGAUCAACCUGGAUGUGGAUGUGGACUAAAAAACAAAGGGGGGGGACAGUGUGCCGACAAGGUUCUUAGCGCCAUACUUCAUGCUCAAGAGGGGGGAGAAAGAAUGCAUAUUGUCUAUAAUGACAGUGUCCUAUGGGCCAUAUAUAAAGCCCAAAAACACACAGAAGUCAUGUUUAGUUUGGGACUGGUCCACACUGUCAGCCUUUUCACAUACUUUUGGAGAAAUAGUGACGAUGAACAAGAGAAAUGACACAACAAUUAGAGUUGUACCGUUAUUAUACCUAAAUGUUAAUUUCUUCCUUUUUUUGUUGCUCUGAUUCUCCUUUCCCUGAAAGAGUUAAUGACCUCUUGUAAAACAUUCUUUUGGAAAAAAAAAAACCCAAAACAUUCAGCUAAAGCAAAUGAGCCUCUUUUUACACAAGUCUUCCAAACUACAAUCCAAACCAAGCUCUGCUAAUCAUAUUCUGCAGAGUCACGUCCCACUGUUGUCUCCACUAAUGGAAAAAUGUAAAUCUCCCGCUGAACCUCUCGUCUCAUCGAAACAAACACUUGCCUCACAUUCCAGUGCACAAACCUCUCCUCCCGGCUAUCUGGAGAUCACAAAGUGUGAGAUUAGAAUCCACAAAGCCCUCGUCCUGAUUGAACAUGUGUGCAGAAUACAGAACAACACAUUGUACCUGCUGCACAUAAAUGCUGCACGGGGACAGUCAUCGGCAGGAUUAGCAUCACAAAUAUGAUCCUGUUCUUUCAUUUGAAUGUAAAUUGCGGAGAUGAAUGGAGACUGAUGAGAAAGAGGUGAGCCUGGAUGUUUCUCAUAAGGAGCGCCUUGAUAAUUUUCAUUCUUGUGAAGAUGUACGUAUUGUUUUGAUGUGCCUCUAUAGAAAGAAAUAUGAAGGACUGUCGAAGCUUCUGUGUCCCACUGCUUGAAUCUUUGUGCACUAGCAUGUGUAGAUGCUGACUGACCUUCCAUUAGCGUUUUUAGUCCAAGUGCUUCCUCUGUUUGAGACAAAGUGCACAGUAUCUGUUUUUUUUUUUUUUAUGUAAACCAUCUUCUCUUUGUUUGAAAUUCGUUAUCACUUUAUCACACAUCAACCCAGUUGAUGCGUUGCUUUUGAUAUGACUUUCAUACUAGUGCAGUGCAUAAAAGCCCAAUACUAAG